AUGCCAGUCAAGUCUCUCGCCGAGCUUGCCAUCGCGGCAUGUAUAAAGAACAUCCGCUCAGUCGACAGCGUCGGCGACUUCCUCCUCUAUAAAACCGUCCGCACCCUCCUCCUCAAGAUCGACAACCCCAAGCUACUACGCAAAAUCGAAAUCAACUCUCCGCAAAUCCAAGGCGAGACCGGCGAGGUAUGGCUCAAGCUUAUCAAGCAACAUUUCCCAAUGGAACUCAAACAAAAGGCUUUCAAGCCUCCGGACCCAACGCAAUGGUAUCGAGUCUACGAUAAGUACAAAGCAGCCCACCAGAAAGCUCUUGAUGAGAGUGAGGCCAAGCUCAGAAACGACUUGCUUGGCCUUCAGCAGGCCAAACACAAAACCACGAUUAUCGAGGAUAGGAGGCUACUGCCCCAAGGAGGCAGGGUCGGAACAAAGAAACCAUGGGGAGCCCCGCGAGACUCCAACGGUAGCACACUCGCCUUUACAAGGGGCAGUCGCACAAAGACCAAUAACGGCGCUAGUGUUAUGCGCAAGGUGCGAAGGGAGACAAAGGAAAUCGCCAGCAUUCAUGGCAAAUUGUCGAGGCCGACGCAGGCAUCAAACGCCAUUACGAAACUUCGAAAAGCCCCUAUCGCUAUGGUUAAUGACUACCAGAGAGCGUCUCAGCCAGCAAUUCGGGCUCCUUCGAAGCCGACACCGUCUGAUGUAGUCGCAGCUCAUGAGGAGCGAGCGCAAUACAUCUCGGACCUGGACUCGGAUGAUGACAACGGUGAUGGCGACGAUUUGUUUGAUGACGACCCUUCACCUCCUCGAAAGGUUGCUUCCCGGCCAUCUUCAUCCGCUCCAAGGAGGCCGGCUCCUGGUCCAAGCAGACCGGCAACCAGUGUCAAGCGAUCUGGUCUCCUGUCCAACAGUUAUAAAGGCCCUCAACCUAAGGCCGCCGCAACACCCUCGCAGCCUCGGUCAUCCCGGCCAGUCAAACAGGAAAAAAGAUCCCUUAGCCCUGAACAGACAGUCCUGUCCUCUUCACCCGAGCCUGGCCCGUCUUCAUCUCCACCCGCCCCUGUCGCACGACCUUUUUCUGCCGUUAACCCGCGGAAGCGCAAGGGCACUGAUAUCUUCCAUAAGCCCAAGAGACGAGCAUAA